AGAAAAUGAUGUACCAUAUAUCAACUCGAGGAGAGGGCUUCUCCCCAUUUUUCAUUUUCAAGUCACAAAUUUUUUUCUUCUUUGAAACCCUAAGUCCGGAUCUAUUUCAAUAAUGUUCUUUGGCAUCUCUAAAUUGGCGUGAAGUUUGUUUUAAGAGAGGAGCCGGCCUGAACAUUCAACAUCAACAACCGCGCCUUCAUUUCUUCACCUAACACAAAUGGCGUUGGAGUGGGUUGUGCUAGGCUACGCCGCCGGGGCGGAGGCGAUCAUGGUGCUCCUCCUCACCCUCCCGGGUCUUAACCCGAUCCGAAAGGGUCUCAUCAGCGUGACCCAGAGCUUCCUGAAGCCUCUAUCUUCCAUCGUCCCAUUCGGCUUGUUCCUGAUGAUGGACAUCUACUACAAGUACGAGACCCGACCCGUCUGUGAAUCGCCGGAGGCUUGCUCCCCGUCGGAGCACCUCCGAUUCCACAAGUCGAUCAUCAAGUCUGAGCGGAACGCGCUUCUCAUCGCCUCCGCGCUCUUCUUCUACUGGAUGCUCUACUCCGUCACCAAUCUUCUCGUCCGCAUCGAUCAACUCCAACAGCGCCUGGAGAAAUUGAGGAACCAGGAUUGAUUGCUUCGGGUCUCGCGGCGGAUCGGGUCGAUUUGCCCACUUUAGGGUUUCGGAUCAGAUAAGCCCCUUUUUUUCGUGCGAUGUUACUGUUUCUAUAUCUUCUUGGACUUCUCCUUCUGCUUUUAUCUGCUUCUGUGUGUGUUCUUAUUUCCCGAUUAUUUUGAAGUUGGGAUUGAAUUUGGACAUGAAUACGUUUGAGUCUUUUCUUUCUUCAUUUGGUGCUAUUCACAGUAUUCUAAUUAUUCUGUGACUAAAUUCAUAAGGUUCAUGCAAUCAAAAUUUGAAUUUUGGGAGACAUGAGAGUUUACCAAAAUGAAAGAUUUAGCCCUUCUUUGGAAACAACGCUUUCGAUUAGCGUUAACGUUUUAGAUAAAAUUUAAUGGUGUAGAGUAAUUCUGAAAAUGCUAACACUAAGGAUUAUCGUCGGAUAGUCUUUUCAAAACGUUAACGCUAACUUCUAACAUUGAUGCCAAACUGGUCUUAAGUGGUGUUGUAAGAAUCGAUGUGUAAAGAACUGCGUUGUAACUUGUAAGUCCUCUGUAAAAUCUAUCCUUAAACUUUACACAGAGGAGAGAGCCUUUUUUGCUGAGCUAUAUACUCACUCCUUGCUCCAUUGGAAUCAGUCUGCUGGAGGGAGCCAUAUUCAAGAAAUGUUCAAGCAAACAAGGAAAAUAUUUUGUUUUAGGGAAAUGAUUUUUGGUCCAGUGAUUUCCUGUGUGUAACACCAAAGAAUCCAGAAAGCUUUUUUUUCCUUUCACUUAUCAAGGAGCAGAGUAUAAUUCCAAUUUCAUUGGAUUAUGGAUAUCAAUAUCUAGUUAUGAAAACAACUUUACCUGUGUUAUAAACAGUUGGCUUUUUGUGUUAGAUCCUUGAUCCAUUUUUUCUUCAUUUUCUAGCCAUAGCUUGAAAGAAAGUAGUAGGCAUAAAAUUUUACCGAACAAUUUUACGGAGUAUUAUUUAUCUUUGUUAGAGUAUAAAUCAUCUCUUUGGCUUCCGAUUACGAAGCUUGGCUCUUGCUUCAAUUAGUUCUUUGACAUCGUAUCGAAACUCUCAAAAUAGAGGUCAUGAGUUUGAGGAGUAAAUCACGGUAUAAUACCUUUCGAGAAUAAUUGCAUUUGAGUUUGCAACCGAAGCGUGAUCAGACGUAAAUAAAGCCCGGGCGGGCAUAUUUCCCUUCGGAUGCCCGACCCAUCAUCUCCUUGGGUCAUCGGCAAGCGGGUCAUUGGCCCAAUCCCCAAACCAAUAUCUUAUUGGGCCGAGCAAAUUAACUAAGGUUCACUGGACAAGCAACGGUCAAGGAUAGCGACCCCGAUUUCUUGGGCUCUAGCUGUAUUUACCAAAAGCCCAAGCUGAAAUAUGGAGCAAAGAACAGUGUAGCAGACUAAGAGGAGGGAUUUAUUCUUUUCCUCCCCAAUGUUUCUUUCGUCAAAAAAUUAUCUUAUCAUUUACUAUUCACAUGGUCUAAUUUUAUAAUGUUAGUCUAUUUUUCGUGUUUUGUUUGAUAAAAUAAUGUAAUCAUAUCAACACAAGUUUUCAUAUGUAAUUUUUAUUUUUUUAAUUCCACACAAGUUUUCAUAAAAAAUGAUUUAAAAUAAUUGUGAUAGCAUAUCGUAACGCGCAAUCCGAAGAUAUUUUUUGGACGAAAGGAGUAAAAUAUUAAGCUCCUCUCUUUUAAUCAUUAUUGUCAAAAAAUUCUCUCCUAAUAAAAGUUUAAUCACAUU